AGAGUUACUGCUAUGGGCCGACAACCACAUCCUGAAAAAAUACCAAAAAUACUUGUAAAAAAUUGUCAUGUUUUAUAAAUGUAUGUUAAAACACGAUCAACAAGUACAAAUAUAGUCCUCUGAAGAUGCCUCGUCGAGAUUGUGUGUGGUUUCCUAUACGCGUAGUUUUUGCAUCCUUGCAUCCUAGUUUGUUUGCAGUUCUACAGCACGCAUUACAAGCUAAGUGGUAACAUGUUGAUACACUGGAAGCCAAAUCUCAGUCUUCCACACCAAAAGUGACCUAGCAUGGGGAGAGAGGAGGAGCCUACGUUGACUUUGCAUCCAUUGAGGCUUUUGCUGCAGCAUUGAACUUGCAGCGAAAAGGGCUUGACUAGCCUGGUCUCGUGGAGAAUUAGCUCUGGCACAUUGUGCACAUUGAGCUCAAGCGUUUGUAUUGUGCAUUGCAAUAUUUUCAAGGCGGGUGCAACACAUGGACGGCUUUAGGAUCUAUUGAAGCCCGUUGAAGAAAAAGGAGUGGCUGGGGACGGGUUUUGUCAUGUACUUUUAGCCCCGACGUUGGCUUGUGAAGUGCACUACCGUCGCAGAGGCUCUCAGUGCCUCCCAAGUCGCCAAGUUCCGUCACGCGUGCAGCGUUUCGCGGCGGAUCCGUCUCGCAGUGGCUGUUCCAAGGUUAUCUUUAUGCUAAGGUUGGGUGGUGGAAAAGUUUACAAUAUUUGCAUCACAUUUCCCAACCCUUACUCCCUGAAGCAAAAUGUCAGCCCAGGCGAAAAUCAAGAAGGAAAAGGAGAUCAUUGCGGAAUACGAGACCCAAGUGAAAGAGAUUCGUAACCAGCUGGUGGAGCAGUUCCGAUGUCUGGAGCAGCAGUCAGAGUCCCGUCUCCAGCUGCUGCAGGACCUGCAGGACUUCUUCCGCCGCAAGGCCGAGCUGCAGCUGGAGUACUCCAGGGGCCUGGACAAGCUGGCCGAGCGCUACUCGGCCAAGAUACGCACGUCGCGGGAGCACCAGCAGUUCAAGAAGGACCAGAACCUGCUGUCCACGGUGAACUGCUGGUACCUGGUUCUGAACCAGACAAGACGCGAGAGCCGCGACCACGCCACGCUCAGCGACAUCUACAACAACAACAUCAUUGUCCGCCUGGCGCACGUGGGUGAAGAUGUCAUCAGGCUCUUCAAGAAGAGCAAGGACCUGGGAGUGCAGAUGCACGAGGAGUUGGUGAAAGUCACGAAUGAGCUCUACACGGUCAUGAAGACGUACCACAUGUACCACACGGAGAGCCUGUCCUCGGAGAGCAAGCUGAAGGAGGCGGAGAAGCAGGAGGAGAAGCACAUGGGGAAGGCCAACGACGCGGGGCUGCUGCGCCACGUCCACGAGGACCGCCCCACCAGACGCAGCUCUGUCAAGAAGAUGGAGAAGAUGAAGGAGAAGAGACAAGCCAAGUACUCUGAAAACAAGCUGAAGUGCACGAAAGCCCGGAACGAUUAUCUCCUGAAUCUGGCUGCCACCAAUGCCCUGGUGGCAAAAUACUACAUCCACGAUAUCUCCGAUUUGAUCGAUUGCUGCGACCUGGGCUUCCACGCCAGCCUGGCCCGCACCAUGCGCACCUUCCUGUCGGCCGAGUACAGCCUGGAGACGUCCCGCCACGAAGGUCUGGACCUCCUGGAGGGAGCCGUGGACGCCAUGGACGUCAGGGGGGACAAGCUGAAGGUCAUGGACAUGCACAGCCAGAUCUUCUGCCCGCCGGCCCGCUUCGGCUACCAGCCGCACAUGGGGGACGAGGUGUGCCAGGUGAGCGCCCAGCAGCCAGUGCAGACGGAGCUGUUGAUGCGUCACCACCAGCUGCAGUCCCGUCUGGCGACGCUCAAGAUCGAGAACGAGGAGGUGAGGAAGACUCUGGACGCCACCAUGCAGACCCUGCAGGACAUGCUGACGGUGGAGGACUUCGACGUGUCCGAGGCCUUCCAGCACAGCCAGUCCACCGAGUCGGUGAAGUCGGCCUCCUCCGACUCGUCCAUGAGCAAGGCCAACGUGGCCAAGAGGCGCGCCAACCAGCAGGAGACGGAGGGCUUCUACUUCACGAAGUACAAAGAGUAUCUGAACGGCAGCAACCUCAUCGUGAAGCUGCAGGCCAAACACGACCUUCUGAAGCAGACCCUCGGAGAAGGGGAGAGGCCGGACUAUGGAACAACAAGGAGCCCCUUCACACCCCUUAACCCACUCCGAGCCCGGCGGUUUAGGCCCAGCGCUCUUAGGUGUAAGAUGUUUAACGGCAAUAUGGAGACCCUCAUUCAGGAGACAGGGCAGGCCAUACCUGCGGUGGUGGAGAGCUGCGUGAGAUACAUCAACCUGUACGGUCUGCAGCAGCAGGGAAUCUUCCGUGUUCCAGGAUCCCACGUCGAAGUCAAUGACAUUAAAAAUUCAUUUGAGCGAGGAGAGGACCCCCUGGUGGACGAUCAGAGCGACCACGACAUCAACUCAGUGGCCGGGGUCCUGAAGCUGUACUUCAGGGGUCUCGAGAACCCCCUGUUCCCCAAGGAGCUGUUCCUCGAAUUCAUCUCCACAACCAAGCUGGAGUCGGGUGCGGAGCGGGCGCGCCACCUCCAGAAGCUGGUGGUGACCCUCUCGCGUCCCGCCAUCAUCGUGAUGAGAUACCUGUUUGCGUUCCUGAACCACCUGUCCCAAUACAGCGACGAGAACAUGAUGGACCCCUACAACAUCGCCACCUGCUUCGGGCCCACCCUGAUGCCCAUCCCCGACGACCAGGACCCCGUGGGCUGCCAGGCGCACGUCAACGAGGUCAUCAAGACCAUCCUCAUCCACCACGAGGCCAUCUUCCCCGGGCACCAGGAGCUGGAGGGGCCCGUCUACGAGAAGUGCAUGGCCGAGGUGGAGGAGUACUGCGAGAGCCCUCACAGUGAGCCCGGGGCGCUGGACGAGGUAGACAACGGCACCGGGCCCAACAGCAGUGAUGAAGAGCUGGAGCAGAGCGAGGCCAUCGCCAAGUUCGACUACGUGGGCCGCAGUCCCCGCGAGCUGUCCUUCAAGAAGGGCGCGUCCCUCCUGCUGUACCACCGGGCCUCCCAGGACUGGUGGGAAGGCCGGCACAACGGCGUGGACGGCCUGAUACCUCACCAGUACAUCGUGGUGCAGGACCUGGACGACGCCUUCUCAGACAGCGCCACGCACCGAUCCGACGGCGAGCCCGGCGGCGCUCAUCACCAUGACGACCUGAGACCUGCACCCAGGGGCGACCACACGCCCGAGCAUCGCUACGAAGCCGCGCAGGGAAGGGUGAGGGUGCGCUCAGACGGGGGCGCGGCCGCCACCCCUCGCCACCGGGGCGGGUCCGAGCACCACCACACCCCCCCGCGGGCCUUGGACCCCCACCCCCCCCGGGUGCUCCCGCGCCCCUGCAGCCCCCUGAAGAUGGGGGUCCCACGGGGCCUCACGGAGAGCCCCGAGAAGCGCCGGCUGGCCACCUUCGGGGGCGCCGGGGGCCCGGGCCACCCCGACCGCAAGGCGCUCUACGACAGCCACUCCCAGCGGUCCUCUCAGAGGUCCUCGCCGAGCGCCACGCGCCACGGCAGCCUGGGGGACCACAAGGCGCUGGAGGCGGAGGCACUGGCCGAGGACAUCGAGAAGACCAUGAACACGGCUCUCCACGAGCUGCGGGAGCUGGAGCGCCAGAACGUGGCCAAGCACGCUCCGGACGUGGUGCUGGACACCCUGGAGCCCAUGAAGCACCCGCGGGGGCCCGAGGCCCCAAGCAGCCCCCUGCACACCAUGGUGAUCCGGGACCCCGACGCGGUCCAGCGCCGCAGCAGCAGCAGCAGCUCCUCCUCCGAGACCACCAUGAGCACCUUCAAACCUGCGCUGUCGGCACGGCGACCCAGCGCGCCCCUGAGGCCCCCCCCGGUGCGACCGGUGCGGCCGGCCCCCGUGCUGGUCCCGGGGCCCCACCGCUCCAGCAGCUCCAGCUCCUCCGGCCUGGGGAGUCCGGGCAUCGCCUCGUCGGAUCGGGUGUUCCCCAAGGCGCCGUCCCCGUCCCCCUCCACCUCUUCGUCCUCGUCGGACAAGCAGAGGGAGUGAGGCGUGUGUCUCUAGGGGCCGGGGUUCUAGGGGCGGUCCAGGGGCCCCCCCAUGUACGCUGUGGAGCCGAGGUUGUGAGGAGAACCACACCCUUCCCCUCUGUUCCCUCUCCCUGUGAUCACCAGCCAACACGAUGUGUAACACCUCGCUGGUGCCCGGGAACACACACACACACACACACACACACACACACACACACACACACACACACACACACACACACACACUGGUACAAAUGGGUACUCAUUUAGUGUUGUCGAUGGGGAUGGACUAUAGGAGGACGCCAAGUAAGUGGACUAUCAGUGACUUUUAAGCACAAAGGAUGAGAAUAUGAUCAUUUAGACAUUUUCAAAACUACCUUGGGCCAUGCUGGAUGGAAACAGGACUAUCUGGAAAAGUACUUUAUUAUUAUUACUGUGUUACCUUCAGCCGGCCAAAACAUCUCAUUUAAACAUAGUAGUCGUACCUCGCGGCGGCGUGCGCAGACACGCUAGGCCCGGGCAUCUCAGCACUAUCUUAAUCCACCUAUCUUACCAUCUUUAGAUAAUAUAUAUUACCUCAAGAAACAUUUAGCACUUGCUCUUAUCAUUAAAAAAAAAAAGACUAAUGCACAUAUAAACUAUAGGCAAUCGUGCAGCGUUGGUAAAUUCUGUGUUUUCUGCAUUUUGAUCAAGUUGUACUCUUAAAGAUUUAUAGCACAUCAGAGAUUCAGUGGAACCUGGCUAGGUAGAGCCCAGUCAGGCUGGGGGCCGUUCAUGUGGGGACUGUUUACUAUUGCUGUUGUGUCAUAUAGCCUAAGGAUAAUCCUCUUCUUUCAAGUGUAGUAGGCACGUUUAACUGGAAAGAAGCGUACUGUUAAAGGUUACUUAUAUUGUACAAAUAACACUGUGCCAUAGGAACAGGAUAUAUUAUGGUCUAUAGCGUGUGUAGCGCGUUUGGUACUCCUCGCACAAACAUUAACAAAACAAGAAUAAAUGCAAAAAAUCUGCAGUGUGUUUUUCUCUCUCCUUCUGUAUUGCCUAUUUAUCUUGAAUAAACAAUUAGCAUAUUGAUUGAACACCAAGAAACAAAGACCCUUAUAAAAAGGGAACACCGUUAAAUACAAUUUACCUCAACAUUAAAAAAUGCAUGAAACCACCCACGUACAUUUUAAUAGGGGCUCGGUGGUGUGGAGUUUGUGUUACAAUGACUCGCAUGAGAAUAGUAAUGAAAGCAUUCAGAAUCUGUUCCAUACUGCCUCCUAGUGGACCGAUACUUACUCAACAAGCACUGCGAAUGACCUUCUAGGGCCCCCUAGUGGCCAUAAUACUACAACGCGUUGUUGAUGUGUCUAGUUGGUACAAUACAGGUCGAUUUUUUUAUUAAUUCGUUACGAUAAUUGUAGAAAAAAUGUAAAAUGUGGGAAAACCUAAACAAAUCCGGUCAUCUGGAAGACAAUGGUCCAAGAUCAAUUCUUAACCUUGGUAACUGCUAUUUCAUGAACAGAAAAGUUGCAAAAAUAUAGCAACAGGUGAAUUAAAGCCUUGCUACAUUAACUCCACAGAAAUAAGAGUGUUUUUGAACUGAGUGGGGAUGGAUGUCUGAGGCCUGUCUGAGCCUUGCUACCGGACAGCCCAUUCAGGUUUAAUCCAUUUAGGUGUGCUCAUUGCGAUGAAAGCGAGAAUAAAAUUAGAUUAGGGCCUUCGCCUGGGGCCCUUCCAGCAGCCAGCGAAGGCCAGGACUCUGGCUCUGAUUUCCUGGGGUUCAAAAGACCUUUGCAUUAAAAGGCUCUCACGAUUACUGGGGACUCAACAGCUGAGCCCGGGGCCCGACUUGAUGGUUUAUAGCCCCUAAGUGCAUCAGUCUACAGAUGACCAUUCAUAAUUACUUUGUUGUCUUUUCCAUUGGACAUGUCUGUCAUUCUGUACGAUCA